UCAUACUAAACAUAGGCUACGUGAUCCAACUAUUGCACACUUGCACACUAACACAGAGAGAAAACAAAGGAGACGAAACAAUGGCGUUCAUUGGAGCAAAGCAGCUCACUUUAUCUUGUGCAGUUUCUGGGUCUUCCUCUAAUCCCAGAAUUCCCGCCAUUUCUCUCAAUUCCUCCACCAAAAGUUUAUCUUUUACAACUUCCAUCUAUUUCCCCUCUCAAUUUCAGAAAUUACAAGUAUUGGGAAAACCAAGAUGGUCUGCUUUAAGAAUCCAUUGUUCUGCAAAUUCUACUGAGGGAAAUGCAAUUGUCAAGGAGAAAAGCGUUUCUGUCAUCCUUCUUGCUGGUGGCAAGGGCAAGAGAAUGGGUGCAAGCAUGCCGAAGCAGUACCUUCCACUUCUGGGCCAACCAAUUGCAUUGUAUAGUUUGUACACUUUUUCUCAAAUGGUUGAAGUGAAAGAAAUUGUUGUAGUUUGUGAUCCAUCAUACAAGGACAUUUUUGAAGAAAUGAGGGACAAGAUACAUGUAGACCUCAAAUUUACUGAACCUGGGAAGGAAAGACAAGACUCCGUUUACAAUGGACUUCAGGCUAUUGCUUCUGGUGCUGAUUUGGUCUGCAUCCAUGAUUCGGCAAGACCGUUAGUGUUGUCUCAAGAUAUAGAGAAGGUUCUUAAAGAUGGUAAGGUGCAUGGAGCUGCUGUACUUGGUGUGCCUGUUAAAGCGACAAUAAAGGAGGCUAAUAAUGAGAGCUUUGUUGUGAAAACUCUAGACAGAAAAACUCUUUGGGAAAUGCAAACUCCUCAGGUCAUCUUACCUGCAUUGCUCAAGGAUGGAUUUGAUCUUGUGACUAGAAGAGGACUUGAGGUCACUGAUGAUGUUUCUAUUGUGGAACACCUUGGGCAUCGAGUAUACAUUACCGAAGGAUCUUAUACCAAUAUCAAGAUCACAACACCUGAUGAUUUACUAGUUGCUGAGAGAAUACUGAAUCCAAGCUCAAGUACUUAAAGCAUUGCAGCUACAGCAUUGCACCUUUGUACAACUUCAGUUUCCGGUACUUUAUUUAUAUUUUCAUCAGACAUAAACCAGAAGAUAUGGCAGCAAAGCAGUGUACAUGACUCGUCGGUUUUGAUUCAAGGUGCUUUCCUGCAACAUGUACUUCUGUGUUGUAUCAAUUUAGAUGGUUGCUCGGAUGCUUGCUACUAGAUUCUUUCCCAGAUAUAUCGACUCGACUACACAUUUUUGCUUCUUGAAGGCCAACUAACUUGAGAUAAAUUUUGUCUGGAAGACAAAUUUUAAUGUACAUCCAAUAAUUCGAAAUAAUUGGAGAUUAUGAAUCAAUGUACUCCUUUUGCUUA